CUCGAUUUCAGCCUACCUCAUGCUCGGCCCCGUGGAUAUUUUUCCUCAUAUGGUGUCCCUAUUGCGAAAAAUGCCAAUGGAGGCCGAGCUCUCAAAGGCCUCUUAUAUAUGCAGGGUAGACGAGGAGAGAUGGAGAGAGCCUGCAGAUGGCAAAGCUCGAAGGCGGCAGCAAGGGCAAGGAUGUGGAGGAAGCCAUGGAGAGGUGGCACGACCGUUCCUUGGGCCACCGGCUGUACGACGCCUUCACCGUAGCCGGCCUCCGCGUCGAGGCCAUUGAACCCGGCCGCCUCCUCUGCUCCUUCAUGGUCCCUCCUCGCCUCACGUCGAGCGCCAGCAACCGUAUGCACGGAGGCGCGGUGGCGUCGCUGGUGGACCUGGUGGGGUCUGCAGUGAUCUUCGCCGGCGGCUCGCCGGUGACGGGGGUCUCGCUGGAUAUCACCGUCUCCUACCUGGGCGCCGCCCGUGCAAACGAGGAGAUCGAGGUAGAGGCUCGGGUCCUCGGCAUCGGCGACAAGACGGGGUGCGUGACCGUGGAGGUGAGGAGGAAGGACACCGGCCAGGUGCUCGCGCACGGCCGCCACACCAAGUAUCUCGCCAACGUCUCCAGUAAACUCUGAGGGUCCUCCCUAUCAUGGAAGGGCCACAGUGUACACGCAUAAAACGGUUGUCUUUGCUAGCAAACUAUAUGUUGAUGAGAGAGGUUAUUCUACCAAGCACGGGAUAUUCCAUGCGUGGAUUAAUCGCUCGUCAUUGCUGUCAUAUUCGUGCUAGUGGUUAUCAAAAUUGAUCUCGUUUCAAAAUGUUUUGUUUGUUUGUUCCUGCAAAAAAAAUGUUUUGUUUGGCUUUUUUUUCAACAUGUAUCAUCACGUUUCAUUGUGUAUCAAUAAAAAGAAUGCACUUAUUCUGGAUA